GGCUACCUUAGCAAGCUUUCCUCUUAAAUCCCAUCUCCAAACCAAGGCUGUGUUCUGUGUUUGAAGAAGUUUGAGCAAAUAAGCUGAUCAUUGUCUAGCACUGCAAAAUGGGAAGCAGAAUUAGUUCAGAGGGCAAGGAAUCAGCCAAAAGGUCAAGAGAACUGGAGAAAAAGCUUCAGGAAGAUGCUGAGAGAGAUGCAAGAACUGUAAAGUUGCUGCUAUUAGGAGCAGGAGAAUCUGGGAAAAGCACUAUUGUUAAACAAAUGAAGAUCAUUCAUAAGAAUGGUUACAGUAAGCAAGAAUGCAUGGAGUUUAAAGCAGUAGUUUACAGCAACACAUUGCAGUCCAUUCUAGCCAUUGUGAAAGCCAUGUCUACCCUUGGGAUUGAUUAUGUGAAUCCCAGAAGUCCAGAAGACCAACAACAUCUUUUUGCCAUGGCAAGUACACUGGAAGAUGGUGACAUGACACCACAACUGGCUGAGGUAAUAAAACGACUGUGGAAAGAUCCAGGAAUCCAGGCCUGCUUUGAAAGGGCAUCAGAAUACCAGCUCAAUGACUCAGCAGCUUACUACCUUAAUGAUUUAGAUAGAAUAACAGCUGGUGAGUAUGUGCCAAAUGAGCAAGAUGUUCUACAUUCUCGAGUGAAAACAACAGGAAUCAUUGAAACGCAAUUCUCCUUCAAAGAUUUGAACUUCAGAAUGUUUGAUGUAGGUGGACAGAGAUCAGAGAGAAAGAAAUGGAUUCACUGCUUUGAAGGAGUGACGUGCAUUAUAUUCUGUGCAGCGCUUAGUGCCUAUGACAUGGUCCUAGUAGAAGAUGAAGAAGUGAACCGGAUGCAUGAAAGUCUUCACCUGUUUAACAGUAUCUGCAAUCACAAGUAUUUUGCAAGCACCUCCAUUGUCCUUUUUCUUAAUAAAAAAGAUCUCUUCCAAGAGAAGGUAGCCAAGGUACAUCUCAGCAUCUGCUUUCCAGAAUACACUGGACCAAAUACAUUUGAAGAUGCAGGGAACUACAUCAAGAACCAGUUUCUAGACCUAAAUUUAAAGAAAGAAGAUAAGGAAAUUUAUUCCCAUAUGACCUGUGCUACUGAUACUCAAAAUGUCAAGUUUGUGUUUGAUGCAGUUACAGAUAUAAUAAUCAAAGAGAAUCUGAAGGACUGCGGGCUUUUCUAAUCAGUUCUUUCCUUUUCCAUGCUUUCUCAUGCAUGCUUUUCAAGAUA